CACGUUAGCACCUCGCGGAAAUACCGCCGCGAGCAGGUCGAUCGGAACCGGGAGUUGUGAUGUUUUUACACUCGAAUAGAGAGUUUAAUAUCAUAAAACCCAUUGUUAUCUAGUCAUAUCACUAGUUGAGUUAGUGCUGUUGUCCUGAAACCGCAGUCGGUUCCGGUUGAUAAGCGCCACAGAAAAGUGGGGACAAAAUGUCCCUGUUCCAGUCAGCGCUCGAUUUCCUGGCUGGGCCCGGCGGAUCCACCGGCGCCAGCCGCGAUCAGAACGACUUCGUCGGGCAGGUGGUUGAGCUCGGGGAGUUGAAGCUCCGGAUCAAACGAGUCAUCGCGGAAGGUGGCUUUGCAUUUGUGUAUGAAGCUCAGGAUUUGGGCAGCAGUAAGGACUAUGCCCUCAAGAGGCUUCUCUCUAAUGAAGAGGAAAAGAACAAAGCCAUCAUUCAGGAAGUCUGCUUCAUGAAAAAGCUGUCUGGUCAUCCUAAUGUUGUGCAGUUCUGCUCCGCUGCAUCCAUCAGUAAAGAAGAGUCAGACACGGGACAGGCCGAGUUCCUCAUCCUCACUGAACUCUGUAGAGGUCAGCUGGUUGACUUUGUGAACAAGGUGGAGCAGAAAGGACCAAUGUCAUGUGACACGGUUCUGAAGAUUUUUUACCAGUCAUGUCGUGCUGUACAGCACAUGCACAAACAGUCUCCACCAAUUAUACACCGGGACCUGAAGAUCGAGAAUUUGCUAAUCAGUCAUCAGGGCACCAUAAAGUUGUGCGACUUCGGCAGUGCCACAACCAUCGCACAUUAUCCAGACUACAGCUGGUCUGCUCACAAGAGAUCAAUGGUAGAGGACGAGAUUACUAGAAACACGACUCCAGCAUACAGGACACCAGAGAUGAUAGACCUGUAUUCCAACUACCCAAUAAAUGAGAAACAAGACAUAUGGGCUCUGGGCUGCAUUUUGUAUCUGCUCUGUUUUAAGCAGCACCCGUUUGAAGAGGGAGCCAAACUCCAGAUCGUCAACGGCAAAUAUAAUAUUCCUCAAAAUGACACCAAGUACACAGUCUUUCACCAGCUCAUCCGGUCGAUGUUAAAAAUCAACCCAGAGGAGCGGCUGUCAAUCAACGAGCUGAUCAGCCAUCUGCAGGAUAUCGCAGCAGCCAGAAAUGUCAACCCCAAAUCGCCCAUUACUGAGCUGCUGGAGCAGAAUGGAGGCUUUGGAAACAACAGCGCACAGCUUCCCUCGCAGAUCAACAACAUACACAAUGCUGGUGUGUAUGAUGCAGAUCAGGGCAUGAGUGGAGGUCUCCUGGACAUUCUGAAAGGAGGAACUGAAAGAUUCCUCACCAACAUCAAAGACACCUCUUCAAAAGUCAUCCAGUCCGUGGCCAGUUAUGCUAAAGGAGAUCUGGACCUGUCCUACAUCACCUCCAGACUGGCAGUCAUGUCAUUUCCAGCUGAAGGCGUGGAAUCUGCAAUCAAAAAUAACAUUGAGGAUGUGCGCUUGUUCCUGGACUCUCGUCAUGCGGGUCAUUAUGCCGUUUACAAUCUCUCCAAACGCUCCUACAGACCAGCCAGAUUUCACAACAGGGUAUCAGAGUGUGGUUGGCAGCCCAGACGAGCUCCCACUCUGAGGAAUUUGUACAAUAUAUGUAAGAACAUGCACCAGUGGCUUAAGCAAGACCAGAGGAACAUCUGCAUCGUACAUUGUCUGGAUGGUCGGGCUGCAUCGGCUGUGAUGGUCUGUUCGUUCCUCUGUUUCUGUCGACUGUUCUCCACAGCCGAGGCUGCAGUUUAUAUGUUCAGUAUGAAACGAUGCCCUCCUGGUAUCUCACCAUCACACAAACGGUAUAUUGAAUAUAUGUGUGACAUGAUGGCAGAAGAGCCCUUAAUCCCACACAGCAAACCCAUAACCAUCCACUCCAUCUUGAUGACACCUGUGCCACUCUUUAAUAAGCAGCGCAACGUCUGCCGGCCGUUCUGUGAGGUUUAUGUUGGUGAAGAGCGCAUCACCACCACCUCACAGGAGUAUGACAGAAUGAAAGAUUUUAAGAUGGAGGACGGGCGAGCAGAGAUUCCUCUGAAUAUAACCGUACAGGGAGAUGUUUUAAUAGUAAUUUAUCACGCCCGCUCCACGCUGGGUGGACGCCUGCAGGCCAAAAUGGCCUCCAUGAAGAUGUUUCAGAUUCAGUUCCACACGGGGUUUGUGCCCAGAAACGCCUCCACUGUCAAAUUUGCAAAGUAUGAUCUUGAUGCAUGUGACAUCCAAGAGAAGUACCCUGACCUCUUCCAGGUGCAUCUAAAUGUGGAGGUGGAGCCUCAGGAUCACCCUAGCAACAAGACCCUGCCCUGGGAGAAAUUUGCCACUAAAGGACUCAAUCCCAAGAUCCUUUUCUCCAGCCGAGAUGAACAGCAGGAGAUCCUCACAAAGUUUGGUAAACCAGAGCUUCCACGUCAGCCUGGUUCUACAGCCUGCUACGCCUCUGAUCCACCCCAGCCAGAGCACUCUCCAGAGGAGCCGCAGACAGAGCCAGAGUCCCCUUCCCCUCAAAGCACCGACACUAACGCUAACAACUUCUUUCAGACACUCGACUGGGAAGAUGGCAGGAGGCAGUACGAUCGCUCUGACAGCCAGGAUGAUUUAAGUGACAGGUCGGAAGAGGAGUCGAUGUCUUACUCCACCCCGAUUGACGGGACUCUAUCACGUGACACCAGUGAACCUCUAUUCGAGGCGGACUUUACAACCACACCACCUGACCCCCAGCCCGACACUGAGGACCUGCUCGGCCUGAACUCUGACCCCUGCCCUCCGGCCGGGACCCCUGCGGAGUCGGGUUUGAAAAGUUCCGCCAGUAACAGCGAUUUACUGAAUGAUCUGUUCGCCCCUCCGCCCAGCACUGUACAUUCAGCUAGCACAGAAGACCUGUUUGGAGAAGAUACAGCUGAAGGUCUGUUCUUCACCAACAAUCAACCAGCACCUGCAUCGACAGCCAAUAAAGACCUGUUUGACCCGUUUGGUGUGGGCUCGGUGUCUUCAGGGUCAGAUCUGUUCGGUGACCUGCUUGGCUCGGAUAGUGGCAGUAGCGGGUUCAAAGCUCCGCCUCCACCUGCCUCUAACGCCAGCCUCUUCAACCUCAAUAAGUUAGUGGGUGAGGCCCCUAAGAUGACUUCAUCGGCGAGUCAGCCCGAUCUGUUGGGUGGGUGGGACAGCUGGACAACAGGAGGAAGCAGCACGACUACUAACAUGACCGCUACUGCCAGUAAACCUACCAUGAGUGCCUCAGGAGUGUCGUCUUUCUCCAAGGCAAAAUCGCAAAGUUUUGACCCAUUCGCAGACCUCGGCAACCUGGGCUCCACGCUACCUGGCUCGUCCAAUGCUAGUUUCUCUGGCUUUGGUUUUAAAACGGCACCCUCUGCAGGUUGCCCUAAAACUCCUCGGCCCUCCUCUGGCCCCAGCAAACCCUGGAUGCCUCCAAACUCUGCUCCCAAACCACAAGCCCAGCCUUCGAAACCCACCAGCCAACCAGCCAAAGCAAACUACAAGCCCAGCUUCAGUGUGAUCGGUGGACGGGAAGAGAGGGGUAUAAGGGGGCCCACCUUUGGUCCGAAGCCCAAAGUGAAGCAGGAUGACUUUGAGGAUCUCCUCUCCACACAAGGCUUUGGCUCCAAACUCGAUAAGAAGAUGCCCAGAACCAUCGCUGAGAUGAGGAAGCAGGAGAUGUCAAGAGACAUGGACCCUCUCAAACUACAGAUCUUAGAUUGGAUCGAAGGUAAGGAGCGGAACAUCAGAGCGUUGCUCUCCACACUCCACACGGUCCUGUGGGAGGGAGAGACACGCUGGAAACCCGUCAAUAUGGCUGAUCUGGUCACACCUGACCAGGUAAAGAGGGUCUACAGGAAAGCUGUGCUUGUUGUGCACCCGGACAAGGCUACAGGUCAGCCAUAUGAGCAGUACGCCAAAAUGAUCUUCAUGGAGCUGAGCGAUGCCUGGUCAGAGUUUGAGAACCAAGGAUCCAAAGCCCUUUUCUGAGCAUGCUCAGUGAGGGUCUGCCGGGUGCAGUGCGCCCCCUAGACGCAGGCUGAGGCACAGCGCUCUCCCUCCAUACAAACAGAGACACUGCCACUGACAGUACACAGUGGAUUGGAGAGAGAGAAUCUAAAAGUAUGACAGAUGCAUCAGUCUGCAAACAAUCAAGCGAAGAAAACAGAAGGGAAACUCUUUCUGUUCGAGCCUCGAGGACUAGACAAAUAUCUUCCUGACAAACUGUCACUCUCUCUCAAGGAGGGAAACCUCUAACAUUGGAUUUCUCUGCCUUUAAAAGGAGACGAUGCUAUCAUGCUUUUGGCAUUUGUAGACGAAUAAAACCACAGAAACACACCUGCACUUCAAAAGAGCUUGAAAACAGAUGGGAAGACAGGAACAAGAGAGAAAUUAUAAUUGCUGAUUUAUUUUAUGCCAUGCUAUGCAUCCCACUUUCAUUUAUUUGUUUUCCUUUCCUUGAAUCUCAUGUGAUAUGUCAAUUAAUGAUGUAAAUAUUCACUCUGCUCUGUGUGUGUGUGUCUCUCUGUGUGUGUGUGUGUCACUGUGUGUGUGUGUGUGUGUGUGUGUCUGGGUGUGUCUGUGUGUGGGUGAGGGUGAAUAUAGUGUUCAUAUGAAACCAAACUAGAGGUAUUGACUUCUGCACUUGAGGUUAUGAAGUUUCUGUUGUUGUUGUUUUUUUUUUUUAUCACUUUCUUCUGUCUUAUCAUGUUUCACUGAUCACAAGUGUUUAUUCUUUUCUAGCACCUCACUGUAAGGUACGUCUACGUAUUUCUGGGUUUCAGGGCUCAUUAUUUGUAGUCCAGAGGGUAAAACACCAAAAACUUAACAUCACAUUCAUUAAAAAAAAAAAAAAAAAAAAAAAAAAAAGGGCACUUAACUUAUGCCAACCUUUUAAGUGGUAUUAAAUGCCAUUUGAUUUUGGAAUUCAUAAUUCAUCUGUGAGCUUUCUGCCUUUUUAUAUUAAGGACUAAUCAGAAAUGUCUGUCUUAUUUAUUAUUUCAAAAUGUAAGUACAUGGUGAUUAUUUCCAAGCAGAUUUAAAAAAUAACAUGCAAUUAAAUGUAUACAAUGGAAAAAAGCAAAACAUUUUGCAAAACUAAAGUCAUUCCAAAGCAUCUACUAACAUGAAUGUGCUUUUUAAGAUUAUUGCUGGCAAUUUGGAAUGUAAAUUAAUUUUUUUUUUUUUUAGGAUUUAUUUUUCAAUAUUAUCCUGUUUUCAGUGUUUUCUAGGUUUCAUUUAAUAUUUCCAUAAUUUCUGAUUAUGACACUAGCAACUUUGCACCAUUCCUUCAGGACAUUGGGCCAAAUGUUGAUUCAUGAGUGAAUUUCUACAUGUCUGGGACAAAUUUCAGUCAUAUAUAUAUAUCGCAAUAAAAAUGAAGCCUAUUUUUGAUCAGUUAUAAUAAAUUUUUUUCAUGUCAAUUUAAGCACAUUUUUAUCACAAUGAUCAUUAAAUGGAAAAAAAAUGCACUGUAAAAUAUUUAUGCAUCAUGGUAGUAUUUGAUGGGGCCUACUGCCUUUAUGCUGAAAAUUACAGCAAUGAAAAUAAACAUUGAGAAUAAUGGGAAUUACAACAACAACAACAACAACAACAACAACAAAAAAACCUCAAAACUCUGGACAUAUGGUAUCAUCAUCAAAAUGGGCUUCAUUUUCUUAAGGCAAAAUAUAUAUCUUUUGAUUUUGGGGAAAAUGUGACAAGGACAUGUUUUCAUGAGAUUCACCCUUAUGCACCAAAACUUAAAUUGAGAAAUGUAUUAGAUAAGUGUUUUUUCAUACGUGCGUGUAGAAUACAGGAUUUUUUUUCUUUUCUUCUUUUAUAAACAAAUUGAGGACUGGAGGAAAAUGUUGAUUUGUUGAGACUUUGGGUUGAGUUCUGUAACAGGCCUACUUUGGCUAUAACCUGCUGUAUUUCUGAGAAUAUUCAUGUAUGUUGUACACUAUCUGAGAUGCUCAGGAACACUUGUUUCUGAGAGGUGAUCAUGGAGUGCACAACAUUUGCAGACACGGUUGUGACAAAGUGUCCCUUUAAUGAGAUACUGGUUCAGUUUGUCAGUGGACUGUUUUGAGUGAUUUUGGAAACAUUAUUUUGGGUUAUUCACAUUCACCAAAAUGAGGCUCAAUUCAAGCUUUGUUAGAACGGGGCAGUUGUGCUAGUGCUUGAAAUCAUCACUGAUUGGCUAAGGAAUAGUUACAUUUAUUGGGCUCUGUUUGAAAGAAAAAAAAAAAAAAACAUCAGUCAGAUUAAAUUUCCUUAAUAUUCUGUUAAUGCACACUUAUCUUUCCCAUUAAUGUAUGGAAGAAAAAAAAAUAAUGCUGCCUAAUUAAACUAAAAAACACACUUUUUUUUUUUUUUGCCCGUUCAGCUCUUCUUUGGAUGUAAACUAGCGUUCAUCACCAGCUGUCUCAAGCACUUGGGAAAAAGCUCAUAACACCACAGUCUUACAUUUAUUUUUAAUGUAAUUUUCUUUUAUCAGACUUUGACUAAUAAACCAUAAUCAUGGAUUGGA